GGAAGGGAAGAGAGAAGACAGGGAAGAAGGAGGAGGUCUGCGUAAACCCCGCCUCCGGUCUCGGAUCCUCUCGCAAGUCUUAUUCACAGCCUCUCACGUUGAAGAUAGAGAGAGAAAGGGGAGAAACAAGAAGAAGGGCACACGAAGAAGAAGAAAGGGGAGCAGCAAAACGACCAUGGCAAUAUCCACAACGUCUCAGCUCGAGAUAGUGUCCGAUCACAGCGCACCUCUACUACCGUCGACCACUGCACGGAGCAUGCAGCCGCACAAUAGACAGAGUCCAGAUGAAUGAGGAGCUGUACCUGGGCCGUGGACAAAAUGAGGGUCAUCUUCAUCCAAAACGCCGGUUUCGUCGCAGCUUUCUCGCCUUUUAGAUGUGAGUCGGUGAUGUUGGCAGCGUUUAGGACAGAUAAGGUGAACGAUUUAACCACAGCUAGAUCAUGCAUUGAGGAGUGAGGAGAUCAGACCAAUUGAUUUAUUUUCUUUUAUUGGGAUAGAGCUUGCAUAUACAUUAUAGCCAAUAUAUCAUCUUUAAAGCCAACGUGUGCUCGGCUUCCGGCAUGCUGCCUGCUGUCGGAAUCUGAAUACAUAAUUAUAACAUAUUGGCACUAGAAUUAAUUUUUUUAUCCAAUGAUACAGGACUACGUAUUAGGUAAUUAUGGACCGAUAACGUCCUUUUGUGCUUAAUCCAUUAUUAGAUUGAUUAUAUAGCGAUAAUAACAUGAAUAGGUAGGAGGAGUAAUCUCUGUUCUCUUUGAUCAAAGCCAAUUGAUCAAACAAGACAAUCUGGAAAUGUUAGUUUCCACAUGUAAUGACAUGACUAGUAGGCUACGCAUUGUUCCUUGUAAUUUAUUUAUUUAUUAUUACUAUUAUUAGACCUAUAAGUAUUAUAUUAUCAAUUUAUUUUAGGUAGUUAGUUUGAGAUAUUUAACAGUGGGAAGGUUGUUUAAACACUUCCCUAGUGAGAUGGAAACCGUUUAUUUAUCGCCCCACCGGGGUGCAACCCGUCCCGAAGCCCAGAAAGGCCAAAGUUCAGCGGGCAAACCGGCGGGGGGUGACCUCUCCCCUCCAGCUCCACCCCCACCCCCGGCUCCAUCCCUACCUGCCGGCAACUCACCCGAGGGGACCCCGGCAAGCAGUGAUGGACGGAGAAACUCGGGCGUGAAGAAACACCACCACAAGCAUAACCUGAAACACCGCUACGAGCUGCUGGAGACGCUGGGAAGAGGCACCUAUGGCAAAGUCAAGAAGGCCAUUGAGCGACACUCCGGCAGAGAGGUGGCUAUCAAAUCAAUUCGGAAGGAGAAGAUCAAGGACGAGCAGGACAUGGUUCACAUCCGCCGAGAGAUUGAGAUCAUGUCAUCCCUCCGCCACCCACACAUCAUCUCUAUAUAUGAAGUGUUUGAGAACAAAGACAAGAUCGUGAUCGUGAUGGAGUACGCCAGCAAGGGUGAGCUGUAUGACUACAUCAGCGAGCGCCGGCGCCUGAGCGAGCGGGAGACGCGACACUUCUUCAGACAGAUAGUCUCCGCCGUGCACCACUGCCACAAGAAUGGAGUGGUGCACAGGGAUCUGAAACUGGAAAAUGUGCUACUGGAUGAAAACUGUAAUAUUAAGAUUGCUGAUUUCGGGCUGUCCAACCUCUACCACAAGGACAAGCUGCUGCAAACCUUCUGUGGCAGCCCGCUCUACGCUUCACCAGAAAUCGUCAAUGGGAGACCUUACCGUGGCCCAGAGGUGGACAGCUGGGCUCUGGGGGUGCUGCUGUAUACCCUGGUCUAUGGGACCAUGCCAUUUGAUGGGGGAGACCACAAAAACCUCAUUCGCCAGAUUAGCAACGGCGAGUACAAAGAGCCCACUCAGUCCUCAGAUGCCCGUGGACUGAUCCGCUGGAUGCUGAUGGUGAACCCUGAGCGCCGGGCCACAGUGGAGGACAUAGCAAACCACUGGUGGGUAAACUGGGGCUGGAAAAACAGUGUGUGUGACUGCGAGACCCAACGCGAUCACGGAGGCUCGCCCAUGCUGGCCCGCUUCAUCGACUGGCAGAACCGCACUGAGCCACGUGGUUCUGGAGCCAAGGCUGCAGCCAUGCCCCAGAUGCUGCGCCAGAGGCCCAAAAAGUCCAAGAAGGAAAAUGUCGAGGCAGGACAGACCCACUGUGGAGCAGAGGACAAGCCAGGUCUGAAGAGACCAAAGGGGAUCCUGAAGACCAGAGUUGCUGAUGAGCAAAGGUCUGCCAGUCUGGAUGAGGUGGAAUUGGGCCAAGUGGCGUUGCCUCAACAAGCCGACGUGGGGGAGGAAGCCUCAAGCCCAGAUCAGGAGGAAGAGGAGCCAAGUCUGGGAGGAGGCUCACCAGCUAAGAUGGUGCCUUCUCUACCCAAGAAAGGCAUCUUGAAGAACAACCAGCAGCGGGAAUCAGGGUACUACUCCUCGCCAGAACGCAGCGAGUCCUCCGAGCUCUUAGGGGGUGCCAGUAUGUCUCUGCUAGCCACCUCACCGCCAAAGAGAGUGAUGGGGAGAAAGGGCAUCUUGAAGCGAAACGGCAAGUACUCCACCUACAGUGGGCCUCCCUCAGCAGCAGCGGUGGCUGGAGUCCUUGGCGAGCCUCCUCCCUCAACCGACUCCGGUCUGUCCCGCAGUCAGAGUCGGCCCUCCAGCAUUGUCGGGGAGGACAGCUCUGUGCUGUCCCUUUCGCCCAGCUCCCUCAGCGGGGCCGAGUGGCAUCCCUCCACCCACAACCUCCGCCCAAACAUCAGGGCCUGCGUCUCGGCUGAAAACCUGCUGCAGCUUGCCAACUUCAAGGGCUUCCAGGCAGCCCCGCCGCUCCAGGGACCCAAGUUCAGCCGUGGCCCCAAAACGAAAGGCUCCCCAGGGGACAAUGGCAGCUUCUCCUUGCUGGGGGACCUGGAGGACAUGACUCAGGUGUACCAGCAAGCCCUGGACAUCAGCAGCAACCUCACCUAAAAGAUGGGUGGCAGAGAGAGAGGAAGCAGAGGGAACUGACUGUGUGUGUGUAUUUGUGUGUACAGAUGUAUAACACUGUAGGUGGCAUUAACGACCAGUGUGUUACUGGGAUACACCUUUUAGGAAGUAGCGGUUUUCCAAAUGGGGCUGAAAUCUUGAUGGAAAUGAUACGUCUUCACACAUGCAUACACACACAGAUGUACACACUUAGGUGCACUUCUCUGGCCAGAGGAAAUUCAGUUAGUGAACAAGAGAGAGGAGCUGGCACAAGAGAAUGCCACCCAGUCUGCUUUCUCGACCCACCCAUAGACUUUGCUGUGUUCAACAUGUUUACAUAUUCAGCAAGAAGGCAAGUUAGAAUCACAAACGCACAACCAGAAACUGGUUGGCUCUCCUUGUACACCACCCAUUCUGAGUUUGAGUUUACAAAAGCACCUUAAAACUCACACAGAGCACACGUUUUUGUGAUCUUUACUUCCUUAAAAAAAAAAACAAACAAACCAGGGUCUUGUUCCAAUAAUAACUGACAUUGCUGAUUAUUUAUUAAUAUUUUGUAGCUUUUAGUUCAAAACUGGUGGGCGCUGGCUGUUACUGGGCUGUCCUGGGAACUGACAUAUAUAAUUAUGUUGCUCAGUGAUGAGAAACAUAUAUAUACCCGGCAUAUAUAACUGUGUCUGCGCUUGUAAAACACGCAGGCAAAUAUACCUUCAUAAAAGCGUAUGUCCUAUAUAUGUGUAUGAUACUAGGGAAUAUGUAGGAAGUGCCUUUUCUGAUUCAUAAUAAAAAGAAAUUAUGUAUGUCAUUUCCUGAAAGUGGAGGAAAAAAGCCAGGCCAACCUGUCACCAGUUGUGCUUUUUUUUUAAUGUUUGUGAAUGUGGAGAGACCCAGGGCCUUCAGCACACAGCUGACUAGCUUUAAUAGUUUAGGGGGUCAAAGGUCAGUCUCAGACAGUUGAGAUCAAAGUGUCUCGUCCCCCCACAGCUCCUUCCACAAGUAGACUCACACACAGAUAUGUCGCUUCAGAAAGACCUCCUCUGUGUUCUUUGUCAGUGUUUAAGCACAGAGUUUGGUUUGUCAGCAGUUUAGGUGGUUUGCUUGAGCGCAGAUUUGCUGGCAGCACCAGAGGUCUGGAGGGACUCACCUAGUGGGGCAUUUAGUGAAGGGAGAUUGCACAGACACCAUCUCACAGUCCUGGAAUGUGCCUGGCUCUCUUAACUAUGGUUGUUUCAUUUUUUUUUAGGUUACCUGAUAAAAGAGGCUGUUUAGUCUGAGAUUCAUUGUUUUUUUGUUUUUUUUUUUUACCAAAGAUACAUAAGGUGGUUUCAGUUGUCAGUCUAGUUAAUAUUUCACCCAAAGCUCCUCAAAAGAGCUAAGUAAGGUGGUUUGCUUAGCCUGCUGAUGACACAGCAAAUUCCUCAGACAAAAGGCUGGAGACGUGUCGGUGCUAGAGAUCUCUAUCAGCCCGACUCAGCACAGGUGGGAUCUGCGGUCUGCGCUCAGCCCUCCAGCUGUGUAUACUAGUCCAUUAUGUCAACCAAGCACAAUUAGCCAGCUAUUGUUUUCAUUUGAGAGUAAGCGAGAGGCAGUGGUGCGUAGAGAUUUAUAGCUAGAGGAAGAAGAAAAGAGUGUGAAAGGGCGAUGCUUUGAAAGGACUUUCCUGCAAAACACAGGAAAGGUCAAGGGUUUAUUUUUUGAAAGGAAUUGUAAUGUAGAGUAGUGAAAGUAAAGAAAGUGAGUAGAAAGAGUAGAUGGAAAGUGUUUUUUUUUUUUAAUACCAAAGAUGUGAUGAAGCUUUGGCAUGAUUCAUGGGAAUGGAUAGGUCAGGGACUAAUGGGAGUCCUCUGGAUUUUUGGGAAUCCCCAUCGGUGAAUGAAAUCAUCCCCGUGCUGGCUGUUUUCUUUUACAGUUUUUAUUUGAGAUGCUGGAGGCUGUUGAUACAGCUUGUCUUGAGGGUCAGUCGAUGUGUGUGCACAACCUUUAAAGUGCUAUACACUUUUCCACAGCAGCAAAAAGUGGGAGAACGUUGACUGACAUCAUCCAAAAUACCAAAUGAUGUGGAUGGAAAACCAUGACCCCCAAGGAAAAAGAUCACAUGUUGAAUGUUUGCAGUGGUCCCUUUGGUGUGAAGGAAAGGUCCUGGGUACUGGUUCAAAUGAAAGACCCCAUUGCGUAUUAUAUUGCAUUUUAUUGCCUUUUGUAUUGCAUUUUAUUGUCAACUGGAUUUACAGUGAGAAAAUUAUACUAUGUUAGUAUUUUUGUUUUAUUAUGCUUCUGUUUUUGAUUUUCCAAAAUGUAAGAAACUUUAUAUUGCUUUAUCUUAUGGCAGAAAAUACUUCCUUCCUCGAAGUAUUGGGAUUUCUCCCCAGAAAAAUCGGAUCUGAAAUUGGUGCAGUUUCCCCACAUUUUGCAAAACGUCUGGGAGAGAAGACCUUUAACAACCUCCAAAUGGCAAAAACACCUCUUAUAAAUUAAUUUGGAAUACUACAGCAUGCAAGAAUCUGUAUUAAUGUAUCAAUAACUGACCAGAAGAAAACUGCCUUUCCACCUCUACCAAAGCAGGAGAGGUCCAAAACAAUGCAGGAGAAAAAGGAAUUAAAGCAAUGGAAAGAAUCUGAAGAUGAAACUUAAACUCUGCCAAACUGGAAAUACAUGGUGCAUAUCUGUUAGUUAGCAGAAAGUCUAAUCAUAGGAAAACUUGACUGGAUAUUGUUAUGACAAUAAUAAUAAAUUAGUAUUAUUAUGUUAUUUAAGUAUUAUUUUUGUCUCAUUACUAUUGAUGGCUUUUGCCACAGUUUUGUUCUGUUUUGUUUUUUGUUUUGGUGAUCCUGGACUGCCAAGGUGGAUUAAGUUGCGUGCCUUUGGUAUCUUUUAUGAACUUUUUUUUUUUUUUUUUUUUUUUGAUAAUGAAAAAUUAUUAUCAAUGUGUUUUUAUACAUGUAUUUAUUGGUGAUCAAGCCAUUUAAAUUGUCAGAAUACUCCCUGUACAUGCUUUGGCCUGCUUUAGACUGUGUGUUGUGUUCAGAACGUGCUGCACACUGAAAAAAUAUGACAGAAAUAGAGUGGCAUCAUCUCAUUGUGAAGAUAGCGGUAAAGCGUGUAUUUUUAAGAAAUCAAUAACAGCUCCUAAAAUCCUGUAAAAUGUCUUAAUUCAUCCAUCCGGGUGUAUUUCUACUCAACACAAUGCCUCUGUAGUACUGUAUCAAUUUAAAUAAAUGGAUCUUGAAAGUUA